GUUGACCUUUCCGGUUUCACACGUCCCUAGCAAGAUGGCGAGAAAGAAAGAUGAGAAAAUUACACAAAAUAGUGAUAAUAAAAAUGAUAUAGUAGAUGUUGCAAAUGAAGAUGAACCCGACUUUGAUGAUCCCGAAGGUUUUGUGGACGACAUAGACGAUGAGGAUUUGAUGCCCGAUAUAUUGAAGCUCAAACCCCGUGAAUCCGAUGGUGUCGAAAAUGUGAUUGUAGUGGACGGCGUUCCAAAGGUUGAGCCGGAACGUCUAGAAAAACUACAGGUGGUCAUAAACAAAAUUUUCAGCAGAUUUGGAGGUACGAUUGUGAACGAAUACUACCCAAAAAAUGAAAAUGGGUCAACGAAAGGCUAUAUAUUUCUUGAAUAUGCCAAUGCCGAAGAGGCUAAAGCUGCUGUUGGUUUUGCUAAUAAUUACAAGCUUGACAAAGCGCACACAUUGCAAGUUAAUUUGUUUACUGAUUUUGAAAAAUAUGCUAAUAUUCCUGAUGAAUGGGAGCCACCAACCCCUUUGCCCUAUAAAGUACAAACUGACCUGCAUUCGUUUUUGUUAGACAAUGAUGCAUAUGAUCAGUUUUCAGUUGUGUGCAGUUCUGAAAUGGGUAUGCAAGUACAAAUUUGGCAAAAUUCACAGCCUGAUCCCACUGAACUGGAAAACAGAAAUAAUUUUACUGAUGAAUAUGUUAAAUGGUCACCUUUAGGCACAUAUCUAGUUACUUUUCACAAACCUGGAGUUGGAUUAUGGGGUGGUCCAAAUUUCACCCGCAUUGCUAGAUUUCCUCAUCCAGGUGCUCGUUUUAUUGAUUUUAGUCCUUGUGAAAAUUAUCUAGUUACUUACAGUGGAAUGAUGGAUGAACCAAAAAUUAUUAUUUGGGAUAUUAGAACUGGACAAGAAAUGAGAUCAUUUUUACCAGAAGGCCCAAGAGUAUGGCCAAUUUUCCGCUGGUCAAAGGAUGAUAAAUACUUGGCUCGAAUGGGAAAUGAUAUAUUGUCAAUUUAUGAAACUCCAUCAUUUGGUUUAUUAGAUAAAAAAUCAGUGAAAGUACCUGGAAUUCGUGAUUUUCAGUGGUCACCAACAGAUAAUGUUUUAGCUUAUUGGGUAGCUGAAGAUAAAAAUGUUCCUGCUCGUGUAACAUUAUUAGAAAUACCAAACCGCACAGAAAUCCGUAAUAAAAACCUUUUCAAUGUUGCUGAUUGUAAAAUACAUUGGCAGAAGAGCGGUGAUUAUCUUUGCGUGAAGGUUGAUCGGUAUGCAAAAUUGCGCAAAGAAAAAAAUGAAGUGAUUGGGGGUGAGGUCAAAUAUUCUGGAAUGUAUUAUAAUUUUGAAAUAUUUCACAUGCGGGAAAAACAAAUCCCAGUGGAUUCAGUAGAAAUAAAAGAAUCUAUUCAUGCUUUUGCAUGGGAACCCGUAGGCUCUAAGUUUGCCAUAAUUCAUGGAGAACCUGCAAUUUCUAGUAUAAGUUUUUAUGAAGCCAAAACUGGUCAAGCACCCACAUUGUUGAGAAAAUUUGAGAAGAAACCAUUUACACAUAUGUUCUGGUCUCCUAUGGGAAGAUUUAUUGUUUUAGUACAAUUGGUAGAUCAACUUGGUCAAGUUGGCAUGGGUGGUGCCUUAGAAUUUGUAGAUUCGCAUGAUUUUGUAAUUAUGAAUAGUACAGACCAUUAUCAGGCCACAGAUGUCGAAUGGGAUCCUACAGGUCGAUAUAUCACAACUGGUGUCUCCGGUUGGAAAGUUAAACAUGACACAGGUUAUUGGAUUUGGACUUUCCAGGGUCGUAUUUUGAAGCGUGUGAAUCUUGAAAAGUUUCGUCAUUUCUUGUGGAGGCCUAGGCCGCCCACAUUACUCUCAGCGAAGGAACAAUCAGACAUUAAAAAGAAUCUGAAGAAAUAUUCUUCACAAUUUGAGAGCAAAGAUAGAAUGCGUAUGAGUAAAGCAUCUAAGGAAUUGAUUGAGAAGAGGUCUGCUCUCAUGAAACAAUUCAAUGAAUUCAGACAAAAGAAACAAGCAGAAUGGGCAGAACAACGCGCACGUCGCCUUGAACUGCGGAACCAUGUGGAUACUGAUAGUUUAGAGUCUGACUCUACAAAUGUUGAAGAGGAAGUAGUAGAAUUCUUGAUCAAGGAAGAGACCACAGUCAUCGAGUAGUCUGUCAGGGAGUGUAAUUUUUGUGUGAGCUCAUCGCCUCUUGUUUGGAACGUAUUCAAAGCCAUUAAUAUUCAAGCAUAGUUAGCUGCCAGUGUCUCAGAUACUAACUUGGGACACAAUUUUGUACAAAAAAGUAUUAGAUUUAUACAUACUUCUAAUCUGUAUACAGUGUGUGCAGAUAGUGUGA